AUUCUUACGCAAUCAAAAAGCGCCCUACAUCUUUGUUUUGACAAGCACGUUGAAUUAAGUUGAAGCUGGCUGUUUGGUGUCACCACAAACGAUGUGUGGAAUGAUACGAAAUAUGACAGUAAUUAGAUAUGUAUAUAAAGGACGGGCUUUCAUAUUGGGAUUUUCAGUCUUUAUAUGAAGAGAUGACUAGGCUAGGCUACAAGAGAAACGUGCUUCAAAAUGAACAUUCUUCUGACGUUUUUUGUCCGGUUUCAUCCGCUGUUCCUCGGGAAAGCCAGAGCAUGGACUGGUUUAUCAGCUGCCCGCUGUUACACAGGGAGCCCUUUUAAGUCUGAUAUUCAGAAAUACAGGGACUUGGAGAGAUACUUCAAGAGAAGAUUAAGAGCGAUAUAUUCCAAGUACGCCGACGUUCCUCAAAAGACGACGGUCCAUGGGCGUAAUCAUGUGUAUUCAAUGGAAUCAGAAGGCAUCUACAGAAUAGAUACCAAACAUGGUCAGUCCUGCCCAGAGGAAGUGCUGCGUUUGGGGCUUGGCUCCUCUCUGGAUGGGGCCUGGAGGCUCCAGAGGGUCCGCCUGUCCCCCGGGGAGAAGAGGCUGGCUGCCACGGUGAAGACCCCCCAGAGGGAGGAGGCCAGGUGUGUGGUGGUGAGGCUGGGAAACGCUCCUCUGCACCCCCCUGAGCCAGUCCUCCUCCUGGAGGACGUCUUCAGCUUCGAGUGGGCCACAGAUGAUGUCCUAUUCUACACCAGUCAAGAGGGACUCCAGUGUCGCUGUGUGUUUCGUGUGGAGCUGACUGCCUCAGGGCCCAGGACCACGCUAGUGUACAAGGAGGAACACCCCGAUGUGUUCGUGGAGGUCAGCCUAUCAAGAGACCGCAAGCUGCUCGCGCUCAACUGCAGCAGCAAGCACAGCUCAGAGGUGUGGCUCGUUGACACGGCAACGCCCCUGACGGAUCCCGCCCUCCUCCAGCCCCGCCUCCCCGGUCUCCUGUACCACGUGGAACACUCGUUGAGUCAGCUGAUCAUUCUGGCCAAUACCGGCCCAGGUCAGGAGUACCAGGUGUUAAGCGCCCCUCUGGGGGCCUCGUCUCUGGAGGAGUGGGUGCCGGUGUGUACCCCUGGGCCUGGGACAGCUGUGAGGGACCUGGAGGUGGUUAUGGACCAGUGUGUGCUGGUUACCAGGGAGCUGUCUGGUCUGCUGGCUCUGCUGCUGGUCCCGCUGGGCCAUCCAGCCUGCAGCCGCACUGUACAGCUCCCCCACUGGGUCUGCAGUAUAGAGACCAGGAGGGCUGGUCUGAGGGAGAGGGAGAGCGGUUACUUGGAUCUCCUCCUGUCAUCCCCGGUCCACCCCCCGGUCCCUUACCUCUGCUCCCCCAGGGAGGGGCUCCUCAUACAGGGAGAGGAGGAGAAGGACUGGGCCCCCCGGGACCUCUACCACACCACACGCCUGGAGGCCCCCAGCCAGGAUGGGACCAUGGUGCCUGUCACCCUCCUCCACGCAGCUCCCCUGGAGGGUCUGAAGGGGGCGCCACUCCUGGUGCACGUGUACGGAGCCUACGGCCAGCACCUCAACAUGGACUUCAGCCCAGACAAGAGGCUCCUGCUGGAGCAGGGCUGGGCGCUGGCCUACUGCCAUGUCAGGGGGGGCGGGGAGCGUGGUCUGGGCUGGCACAGGCAGGGUCGUCUAGGGGGGAAGCAGAGGGGUGUGGAGGACUUGUGUGCCUGCAUCCUCUUGCUGUUUGACCAGGGGGUCUCCAGUCCCCGUCUCUGCGCCCUCACUGCCCGCAGCGCCGGGGCCAUCCUCGUGGGGGCGCUGUGCAACCAACACCCUCACCUGCUCCGGGCAGUCACCCUGCAGGCUCCAUUCCUGGAUGUGCUAGGCAGCAUGCAGGACCCCGUUCUGCCCCUGACCGUGGAGGAGAGGGGCGAAUGGGGCGACCCUCUGGCUGAGCCCCUCCUCCGACACGCCAUCGCCUCCUACUGCCCCAGCCACAACAUCACACCCCAGCGGUACCCGUCCAUGCUGAUCACAGCCUACAGGGAAGAUUCCAGAGUGCCCGUGGCCGGGGUGCACAAAUACGUGGACCGACUGAGGACUGCCAUACACACACACCUCAGCUACCACCCCGAACCUGAUCCCGUGCCGGUUCCUACUGUGGUUCUGGACCUGCAGCCCGGGAGCGACCACUUUGGACCCGAGGACCAAGAGCUUGUCUUGGCUGAGAGCGCCCGCCAGCUGGCCUUCCUCCACGCUGAGCUUGGCCUGGGCCUGGAUCACCUGACACCACGGCGGAAGAGGAGGAUGUAGCAGGACCGUCAGGACCGGCGCUAACAAUGUUACACAACCGGACGCAUUACCUCGGUUGGAUAGACUGUUUGAGACAGGAAUGCAUAGUGACAGUUAGGAGCUUAACAAGUGUCAACGUUGUAAAUAUUAAAAUGACAUCACAUGAGACUAUGUACAAUUGCUUAAUACAUUUAUUUAUUUGAAUGGAUGUAUUGG